UUUGUUUUCAUUUCUAAAGCAUUUAAAAUUUUCGACUCUUAUUCAUGCCAAAUUUUGUUGUGAGCUUUAGUCUUGUUAAGAAUUUUACUGUGACCGGUAGUACUGGCGACGCUGUGCCGCUGUUUUACGCCACCAACAAAUAUGACGUUGAGCAUUAUUUUACUAACCAUUGUCUAUGGCCUCAUCGCUUAUGCCAUUUUUACUCUGCGUAAGCGACACUCCUACUGGCAAACGCAGGGUGUUGCUUGUGAAGAACCCCAUUUUUUAUUCGGCAAUUUAUGGGGAAUGCAAAGCAAACGAAGUUUUGCCGAAAUAUGGGAGCAGUAUUAUGAGCAGUUCAAAGGCUCUGGACCAUUUGCUGGUUUCUAUUGGUUUUCCAAGCCUGGCGUGUUUGCUCUAGACCCCGAACUUAUAAAGCAAAUACUGGUGAAGGAUUUUACUAAAUUUAGUGAUCGCGGUUUGUAUCACAACGAGAAGGAUGACCCAUUGUCGGGACAAUUGUUUUUCUUGGAUGGCCUUAAAUGGAGGAAUAUGCGCAACAAACUCUCGCCCACCUUUACAUCGGGCAAAAUGAAGUUUAUGUAUCCCACCGUGGUGAGAGUGGGCCAAGAACUCAUUGAGGUUUUGGAACAGAUGCUAGAGCAAACAGCCGCUAUGGGUGUUAUCGAGGUCAAGGAUCUUAUGGCGCGCUUCACCACCGAUGUUAUAGGAACAUGCGCCUUUGGCAUUGACUGCAGCAGUCUUAAGGAUCCCAAUGCGGAGUUUCGCACUAUGGGCCGCAAGGCAGUUUUAAACCAACGACAUAAUCGCUUCAUUACCGCCUUGAUGAAUAGCUUCGCUGAUUUGGCCCGCAAGUUACACAUGAAAAUGAUACCCGAAGAUGUGGCGGAAUUCUUUAUGCGCAUAGUGCGUGAAACUGUGGAGUAUCGUGAGCAAAAUCAGAUACGGCGCAAUGAUUUUAUGGAUAUGUUGAUCGAUCUGAAGAAUAAGAAACUCAUAAAAUCCGAACAUGGUGAUGAGCUGACCAAUUUGACACUGGAGGAAAUAGCUGCCCAGGCUUUGGUUUUUUUCAAUGCUGGUUUUGAAACUUCAUCCACAACCUUGGGGUUUGCACUUUACGAGUUGGCUCAAAAUCAAGAGGUGCAGGAUAAAGGAAGGCAAGAGGUAUUGGAAAAGCUGGCGAAACAUAAUCAAGAAUUUAGCUAUGAGUGUAUGAAGGAAAUGCAAUAUUUGCAACAGAUAAUACUGGAAACCCUACGCCUUUACACCGUUCUGCCCGUUAUCAAUCGACUGGCCUUGGAAGACUAUGUGGUGCCUGGAAAUCCCCGCUAUGUUAUAAAAAAGGGCAUGCCGGUCUUAAUUCCUGCAGGAGCUUUGCAUCGUGAUGAGCGCUACUACCCCAAUCCCUUGGUUUUCAAUCCCGAUCACUUUUCAGCUGAUAAGGUGGCCAACAGGGAUUCUAUUUUAUAUCUACCUUUUGGCGAAGGUCCUCGGAAUUGCAUUGGCCUACGUUUUGGAAAAAUGCAGACAAUGGUGGGCUUGGCAUUACUUUUGAAACAUUUCAAAUUUUCUACUUGUGCUGAGACCCAAAAACCUUUGACCUUAUGCAAGAAAUCAUUUUUGAUAAGUACCGAUAGGGGUAUCUAUUUAAAAGUUACGAAAAUAUAGAUUUCAUAGUUAAAAAACGAA